AUGGUCGGAAGCUCUAGGACCGGAAGGUCCAUUAGGCGUGAGGACGACUGGGAGGACGUUGAUGACUACGACGACGAGGGUAUGGCCGAUGACUAUGAGACGCCGGCCUCUAAUAUAUCACGCUCUAGUAGCCCUUCAUCGUCGCGCAGACGCCGAAAAGCUGGCCAACGUCCGCUUUUUGUCGCUGCAGGACCAAGCAAACCACAUUCUCGCGGGACCACAUCUCAGCUCGUACAAAGGACCAACCGCGCCGCAUCGGGCAACUCCUCUGCCUCUACCCGCACACGCCAACGACAACGCGAUCAGACUGUAGGCGACGUGACUGAAGUCCUUCGCGAUACUGGAGCAGCAAGUGCCCGCUACGCUCUAAGUGUCUUUGGUCUAUCUACGCGCUUCAUGAAAUACCCACUCUCGUUCCUGCUUUUCCUAUACCUCUCGGCAUGGAUCUUGGGCCGCGUCUCCAACCAGCUUCAGACGGCGCUGCAGCCGCUUUGCUAUAUACCCGGCGUUUCGCUCUUGUGCUCGUAUUCCAGUCCGUACGACGCUGCGGGCGACAGCGGACCUCCUCCACCCCCGCAAUGGGCAGACUUCCCUCGCCUGGUCGAUAUGCAGGGUCAGACCUUCGAGGCGUUGCUCGAUGAGUCGACUGACAACGCUGGCCUGUCGCUCGAGAUCAAGAAGGCUGAGAUGGCGACAGCAGACUUGGCGACACUCGUCCGUGUUAGCGAUUUGGUCAGUCGGGAGCGUCUCGCGGAUAUCUUGACGGACUUCGUUGGAGAUGCCCGAGAUACGAGCCGCCAGCUGCAGAGGUUCAGCUCUCAGGUCAACGGUGCACUUGAUGACGUCAUGGCCGUCAACGACCAUGCCUUACACACGAUCGAAGCCGCCGAAGCGCACUCCAAGUCUGUUGUAGCUUCUAUGCAAGCUCUUAUACCCUUCGCCUCGACGCCCGAGGAAGUUCGUCAAGCGACGGUCACGAAAGCUUUCGCGAACGCGAUGUCCGUCUUGUCCGCGAACAUGGAGCGUCUACAACUCGAGGCGCAGAUGUCUCUCAUGAGGCUCGAUCGUCUAGAAGCGCGCCUCGGGACGCUUCAUGAGCUUGUCAAAACGGAGGACGCAUCGCUAGCCGAUCUCCGCGACGAGAUCCUCGCGAAGCUCUGGACAAAACUGGGCGGGAACAAGCGCGAGCUGCGCGGCACGGACAAGCACCGCGCGCUGCUAGCCGGGAUUGGCGCAUACCGCCAACGGGCGCUCGCCCAUGUCGUAGCGACGCUACAGGCGCUGCAGGGUUAUUCUGAAGAUAUGGAGGUGCUCCGAGGACGCGUGGCUACACCUUCGCUCGCGGAGGACAUUCCACUUGACGUGCAUGUGCGGAGCAUCGGCGCGGGCCUGCGCCGGUUGCAGGACCGCAGUGUCCGGGCAGAGGCCCGCCGCGACGAGAUCGCAUCUGCCGCUCUGCGCGACGCAGACCGUGAAAUCGGCGCUGCUUGA